AUGAAAGACCUUGAAGUACACACCUUAAGGGUAAUUACUGAAGGGUCUAAACACCCGCCUGAGCUUGAGCGUCCCUUUACUAGGCUGAGAAAGAAGACAAAAGUUGGUACAAGUGGCAUACAACAAGAAGAUUUUGAUCAAAUAUUACAAGAAAGGGCACAUGAAAGGGCAAAAUCCUUCUCCCAAGCAGCUAGGUUUCAAACUCCUCCUAGGAGGAAUAAUGAUUCAAGUGAAGAAGAAGAUGACAACCUUAUAUUUACAUUGAACAAAGAUCCAGUAUUUGCAAGAUUAAAGAAGCAAUUGGAUCAACGAGAGAAAGAUCAUAUAUCUAUGAUGCAGACUAUUGCAUAUUUGACUGGUGUUCAUAGGCAAGCACCAUCUGUACAAGUUAUUCAAGAGGAAGAAGAUGAUGAAGAAGAAGUGCUUGGGUUACAUGAGCAAGCUGGAACAUCGGCAGUGCUUGAGCCAACGAUUUCUCCAGAAGAAAUACAAAAAAUAGUUGCUGCACAAUUAAAGCAAGCCAAGGGUGCUACACUAAAAAGUGAUGGUGAUAAGCCCUACUCAAGCUUUCAUGAUCAAGUGGCUUAUCCUAAGGGAUACAAUGUUUCUAAGUUCAAGAAGUUUAAUGGCUUAGGGAACCCUGAUCAACAUUUAGCCUAUUUCAUAAUAGCAUGCGGAGACACAAGCAACAACCCAUCUUUGUUGUUAAGACAAUUUGCUGCUAGUCUAACUGGUGUGGCUUUCGAGUGGUAUGCAAACUUGCAACCUGAAUCUAUUCAAAGGUGGUAG